UGACGUGAGAGAGCAAACUUUGAUGUCUUUAAGCUAUCUCAGGCUGGGGGGGGAGAGGAGAGAAAGGGAGACAGGGAAGAAGAGAGAGAGAGAAGGCGGGAAGACGGGAGCUCACUUCCGGCCGCUCGUGCUUGAAGACCCUCACAGGACUCGCAGCCCCCCUCCCCCCACGAGGACCACCGGCGCGUGUCGCCAUGUCUCCGUCCGCGUGCGCGGCAUGCGUGUUGUUGUUGUCAUUGAUGACGUGCGGCUGCGUGACGGCGCGUGCAGACAUAACAGUGCAUAUGCAUUUGGCCGCAAGUGCGUGCGUGUGCGUGUGUGUCCAGCAGAGGGCGUACAGGAGCAGCAUGGAGAUCUUCCAGGGGCCGUCGUGUCCUCCACUGCAGCCCAGGAGGGGCUCUCUCCCGUGGGCACACCAGGCGGUGUCAGCCCCCUCCCUGGAGCUGGGGGAUCCAGCCUCCCCCCCGCACCCAGCACUGCGCGGGGCCCUCUCCACACGCACGCGCACGCCCAGCUGUCGCGCACGCCAACACGCACGUCCGAGCAGGAGGAGGACGAGCUCGCCGCAGAGGUCGCGGCCCCCGUGACAGGGAGUGCCGCGUGGGGUGAGGAGAGCGCACGUGGUGACGCCGGUGUCCUUCCAGAAGAUUCCGGCUGCUCCAUGACCUUGUCAGAGCCUGAAGGUUACAUUGACUCGUCUGAUCCGCUUCCUGUGCCCAACGGCGCCGUCUCGCGCUGCACGUACACCGUCACCGUGUACGCCGGCUACGGCGUGGAACUGCAGGUGAAAAGCGUCAACCUGUCCGACGGCGAGCAGCUGUCCAUCAGGGGCGUGGAUGAGGGCGGAGCCUGGCUGGUCCUGGCCAAUCAGACGCUGCUGGUGGAAGGUCAGGUGAUCCGCAGUCCCAGCAACACCUUGUCCGUCUCCUACAGCUCGUCUCUGGAGGGAAACGUGGGCGUCUUCCUGCUGCACUACCAGAUCUUCAGGCUGAGCUGCUCACUUCCCAAGAGGCCUCACUUCGGGGAGGUGUCGGUCCUGGACCUCCUGCCGGGGGGCACGGCCCGCUUCCACUGCCACAUGGGCUACCACCUGCAGGGGGAGCCGCUGCUCACCUGCGUCAACGCCUCGCGGCCGGUUUGGAGCACCAAGGAGCCCGCCUGCAGAGCGCUCUGCGGGGGCACGGUGAAGAACGCCACGGUGGGACGGGUUCUGUCUCCCUCCCCGCACCACGGGCCCAACGCCACCCAGGACCGCUCGUGUUCCUGGUCCCUGGAGGCCCCCAAGGACCAGAGGCUGCACCUGCACCUGGAGCGCCUGGUGCUGGGACCCUCUGACAGGCUGGUUCUAUGGAGCGGCCUGGAUGCCGGUUCUGUGGUUCUGUUCGACUCGGGUCGAAGUGGGCACGUCCCCUUUGAGGGUGUGAUCAGCGAGGGUCCCGCCGUGAGGGUCCAGUUCAUCACGGAGCAGCCCAGCCAGAACACGGGCUUCAACAUCCGCUAUGAAGCCUUCGAGCGAGGUCACUGCUACGAGCCCUACCUCCAGAACGGCAACUUCACCACAUCGGACCCCCUGUACGGCGUGGGAGCGGUGGUUCAGUUCAGCUGCGACCCGGGACACUCGCUAGAACAAGGCCCACCUGUCAUCGAGUGCAUCAGCGCCAGAGACCCGUACUGGAACGACACUGAGCCGCUCUGUAAAGCGCAGUGCGGGGGCGACCUGAGCGGUCCCGGAGGUGUGAUUCUGUCCCCCAACUGGCCCGAGUGGUACGGCGAGGGCGAGGACUGCAGCUGGCGACUCCACGUGGGCGAAGACAAGCGAGUGCUCCUCGACGUCCAGCUCCUGAACAUCAGCGAUGGCGAUGUGUUGACAGUUACCGACGGCGACGAGGGCGUGGCCCGGAUCCUGGGUCGCUACUCGGGGGGCAGCAGCCCCUUCAAGCUCUUCUCCAGCACCCCCGACCUGAGCGUCACCUUCCGUUCGGACCCGGCCGGGCUGGUCCUGGGCAAAGGGGAAGGCUUCAUCAUCAAUUACAUGGAGGUGUCUCGAAACGACUCAUGUCCCGACCUGCCGGAGAUCCAGAACGGCUGGAAGACGAGGUCGCACGUGGCGCCGGUCCGAGGCACCCGCGUCACCUACCAGUGCGACCCGGGCUACGACCUGGUGGGCCGGGAGACCCUGAGCUGCCAGCUGGACCUCUCGUGGAGCGCGCAGCCUCCGUUUUGCGAAAAGAUCAUGUACUGCUCCGACCCGGGUCACGUGGACCACUCCACCCGCUCCCUGUCGGACCCCAAGCUGCUGGUGGGGGCCACCGUACGGUACCGCUGCAACCCCGGCUACAUCCUGCAGGGUGGCGCCACCAUCACAUGCUACGGCCGCGAGCCCGGGACCCCCGUGUGGACCUCCCACCUCCCCCACUGCGCCGAUGCUAAUGACACGAGAGGCGUGUCUCUAGCCGAGGAUUCGCUGUCCUGCGAGAACCCGGGCGUCCCCGAAAACGGCUACCAGAUCCUGUCCAAGCGCGUCUACCUGCCCGGCGAGACGCUGGCCUUCGUCUGUUUCCACGGUUAUCAGCUGAUCGGGGAGGUGGCCAUCAAGUGCGUCCAAGGAAACCCGUCGUUCUGGAGCGGUCCGCUCCCGCUCUGCACAGCUGACCACGCCUGCUUCGGCAGCCACGCCUUGGAAGGUGAGUGUGUGCGUGUGCAUGAGCGUGUGCGUGGUGAUGACUGUGUGUGUGUGUGUGUGUCAGUCGCACACGCUAGCAGCGGCUCGGCGCUGGACGGUGGCAACGUGGCGUUAGCCGUCUUCCUCCUCGUCCUCCUGCUGUCUGUGCUGCUGGGAGGCGUUUACAUGCUCGUCACACGGUGCCGCCGUCAGUCCAACCUGCGGCUGCCCCUCAUCUACCCCCACCCCUACAGGCAGAUCACCGCGGAGGCAGAGUUUGACAACCCUCUUUACGAGGCGGGCGGGGACGCUCGGGAAUACGAAGUGUCCAUUUGAAGAACCCGCCCUCCCCCCACCUCGCCGCCCAGAGGGAGGUGAUGUAAAUACGCUCGAUGAUGUCCAGCCCCCUUCUGGGGAGGGAGGCGAGAUGGGCGGGACGACAGCCAACAAAGAUCAUCUUCCUCAUCGUCAUGGCAUGAAGAAAGACCACAGCACAAGGACGAGAGUCCAUCUUUUUGUGUCCGUUAACCCCGACCAACCUGCCAGUCCAAGAUCAGGGUGUACAGUGCCAGCAGGAAUGCUAAGCUAACGUUAGCUCCUACAUGGCGGGUCUGCGUGUUUGGCGGCACCUGCUGGCGAGCGGUGAUGUUCCUCAUCUUUUUGGUUUGACUCCAGCUAAUGCUGGAGAACGUCUUGUAAAUCUGUAAAUAAAUGAUGUAUUUUAUGUGUUUAUUUAUUCACGUGCUGUUCUGUGACGUUAGAUGAACAUUUUCAUGAUGACAACACUUUCCCUAAAUAAAUGGUACAAUGUGA